AAAAACACUGGGAAACGAUGAAAAAUUUAAAAUAUUAUCAGAAACAGAAAAGUUCAAGACUAGCGGUGGAAAAGAACAGCUCGUAGUUUAUAAUCCUUGAAGUGAUCGUCAGUAGCUGAUUUCAGAGAAAGGUAUGUCAGAAACGAACGACGGUGACGAACGCUGCCAUACGUUUAAAUGGAACUUUGGCCCCAUUCGUCUUAAUUUCAAUCCUGUUGUAACUCUCAUUGCUGCUUUCAAAAUAUGGUUAUUCGUUGGCAUAUGCAUGCGUUACCCCGACUGGUCUCAUUCCAUAAUGACCAUCGCCAAAGUGUGGAUCACCGACAACUUUACAUGGUUCUACAUCGGUAGCGUCAACGUUUGGUUCAUUUUCAUACUGGUCGUUUAUUUUUCGAAGUAUGGAAGCUUGAAGUUAGGACGUGAUGAUGACGAGCCGGAGUUUAGUGAUGCAACCUACUUUACAAUGCUUUUCGCGGCAGGUAUUGGCGUAGGCUUCUUCUAUUUUGGCGUGGCUGAGCCAGUGUAUCACUACAAGCCUGGUGUGUAUGGAAAUCGUUAUUGGGGAAGAUAUUCGGAUAACCAACGAUCUCAAGAUGCCAUCAAUAUCACCUUGUUUCACUGGGGAAUCCACGGCUGGAUUGUCUACGUGGUUGUUGGUCUUGCUCUUGGUGUGAUAUCGCACAGAAAGGGACUGCCGAUGACCAUACGUUCCUGUUUCUAUCCACUUCUUGGGGACCGCAUCUUUGGCUUGUUGGGGGAUGUUAUUGAGAUAGUGGCGAUUGUAUCGACCAUGUUCGGGGUUUGUGCUAGUCUUGGUGCUGGUGCUAUGACAAUGAACUCUGGCUUAAAUCAACUCAAUGAUUCCAUCGAAAUUAACACGACUAAUCAAACGAUAGUUAUUUGGGUCAUCACUUUUUUCGCCACUGUGUCUGUCGUGUCCGGUCUGAGGCUUGGCAUUCGAAGGCUGAGUGAAAUUUGUUUCGGCCUUGGUAUAUUUAUCAUGUUAAUCGUCCUAUUCUGUGGCAAAACAGCAUACCUUAUUAAUCUUUAUGUUCAAAGCAUUGGCUAUUACAUUCAAAAUGUAAUUCAAGUUGGCUUCCAUACUGAUUCGUUUGCUCAGUUAGACAAUGCCCCAGACAACAAGGAAAGUUCCACGUGGAUGCAUAGUUGGACCAUUGCAUACUGGGGCUGGUGGAUAGCCUGGUCACCCUUCGUCGGCAUGUUCAUCGCAAAGAUAUCUAAAGGCAGAACCAUAAGAAAUUUCAUCACCUACACCCUUACUGCGCCUAUUUUUUUCGCCUUUAUGUGGUUUGUCGUGAUUGGCGGCUCUGGCUUAGACAUGGAACGCGAAGCAGCUGCCAAAAAUAUUACAUGCGAAUCCCUUCUUGGCGGCAAGGAUUCUGCCGAACCGUAUGAAGGACUUUAUCGAUUAUCUUGUCGUGAACAAAGCCAGAUGUAUUUUGAUUUAAUCCAACAAUAUGGUGAUGUUGUUGGGAAGUUCCUUCGGAUUAUCUCGAUGGCCAGCAUUUUGUUGUAUUUCGUGACAAGUUCCGACAGUGGCUCCCUUGUGAUUGAUUGCCUCUCAGCUAAUGGUAGUCCAGAUCCCCCCGUCACUCAACGUGUCUUUUGGGCACUAACUGAAGGUGCAACUGCUUGUGCCUUACUCACAGCUGGCGGAAAGAAUGCCAUUGACGCUGUUCUUGCUGCUGCAGUUGCUUCGGGUCUGCCAUUUUGCCCAAUAUUGUCACUGCUUUGUGUUUCAUUGUGGAAAGUGUUGAAAUCCGAAUACGGUGAUGUCACCGGCGACGAGAAAAAGUUCCAUGCUGAUCUUUUAGAAGUGUUCGACUUUCCAUCUGUUAAAAACCUCCAACGAGUCUUAAUCGCCAUCAUAGCACCAUGGUUGCCUGCUGGUCAUGCCGCUGGUAAGCUUUACCGCAAGCGCCCAUGGCGGUAUAUGCUUAUCAUGGCUGUUUUGUUCUACACACCAUUCUUACUGUUUAUUCUGCGUGUGGUGGAUGACAACAUGGUGUAUGUUGGUUUUGCUUUGCUUUGUGGUUUCUACAUUUACGCUGUUGGGUUAAGAGGAUCGAUUCGGGACCUCAGUGGGAUUCCCGGUAAUCUGAUGGAAGAUGGUCUGGCGAUGAUUGUCUAUUUCUUAGCUGUCGAUCAAUUGGAUAAACACAUGUGUAUUGAAGAGAGCCAAAAGAAGAACGAUACAAGACCUCUAACGAAUUUCGGUAAUAAACACAUCAAUGUCAAUGGCAGCGCAGAGGAAAUCAAGGCGGGGCAAUCGGCGCCGGCUGUGAAGUUAUUACACGAAGAGAACACGUACGUUUAAUUCGCAGUUAGAUCGCGAACAUACGCCUAUUAAUAAUAAUUCAUUGAUGUAGACUAGAACCCAAUUACCGUUAGUUAUAAAACUAUAGUAAUUAUUUCUGUACUUAGUUUAAAAAAAAUAUAGGAAUCAGUAGUUAAUUCAUGUCAUUCGAAAACAAUUCAAUAAAGAGUUUUAGAAAUAGAAA